UCCCCCAAGUAGAAAAUGCUGCAUUCUCCUAUACAGCAGCCUCAGGCCCAAGCUCCUUUUCUUGGCUUUCUCAGCAGGAUGGCGGGUAUACUCCCUCCUCCUCUCUUAGGCUCUUCCUCUGGUGGGAGCAGCAGUGCUGGGGAGAGUGGAGCCCUCCUAAGGAUCCCACCCAGGAUUGGGCUCCCAAAGACCCCUGAGCCCUGAGCCCUGUGGUUGGGGGCACUGUGGGAGUGGGGACAUCUGACUUCCUGGGCUUGGAUUCCUUGAGAGCUUCAUUUGCUUCCUCACACCCUGUUCCCUUCACACCAGGGCCGUUUUAUUGUUUUAUAACCUUCUUUAGAGCUUCAGUUGCCAAAGAUUCCGAUGGGGCUAUUCUCUAGUUUCUCACUUUACCAAAUCCUAAGUCUUGCUGUUUUAAGCAGUUUGGUCACUUGCAAAGUCUUCCCUUUCAAAUCUAAGCAAAUUAUAGAAACCUCUAGGCAUGUGGCUACUUUCAGCUUUCACCAAGCCUAUCCACAACAAUACAGAGGGAGCCAAGUGUUAAUUCCAACUGCCACCUCCACCCUCAAGCCCACCCAGCCUUUCCCUAACCUUCCUCUAUUGAAACUUGAACAAAAUCUCAAAUAACUUCUGGUAUAAAUAAGAAGUGGCCUUUGAUGUUUUUCUUUAUCACAUCUAGAACUAGGAAAUUAUUGAAAUAAAGGGGUUGAUGGUACUCACAGCGAAUGCAGCCACAGAAUCAUAAGACAUGCCCACCAACCAGCCUUUUCCAAAUAGCACUAUCUCCCAACUUAAACAGCUUUCUCUGAAAAGAUGCUAUUGAUAUGCCCCGGUAUUGAUAUGAAUAUGACCUCCUGCAUCCUGGAUAUUUGGAAGUAUUUAAAUCUGAAGAAACAGUUGCCCAAACCUUUAUUUGGUGAAUAAAAGUUUAAAGCCAAAGGUUAUUUAUGGUUCUGCAGAGAUAGGACCUGAGUGGCUAUUUACGAGCACGUGAUUCCAAUAAACUUUGUUUUAUGGCUUGAGAGUUGACAAGCCAAAAUAUAAUUCCCACCAUAAAUUAGGUUAAGAGCAUACAAGUGCAGAUGCUUGGUUCCUGGAGCAGCGAUAGGAAAGUGAGAGGCUCCAGCCAGCACCCGGCUAAGGAGACAGUUCUUCUCCCAGCUCCCCUGCCCACUAGGAAAGAAAAACAGUAAGUCACUUAUUACUUUUUCCGAAACAGAUACAGAGGUGGGGAAUUUCUCUUUCUGGACUUUUCUGCCUGGUGUGGGGAGAAGUCCCAUCGAAGUUAAUUCUAAUUUUAGCCUACACCUAAAUUAACAAAUAGAAUGAGGAUCUCGGUCCCCCCCCUUCUGAACAUCGACAGUUAAAAAUCGAGGGCUCCCAUCUCACAAGAGGGACUUACUGUCUCUCUCCUCCCCAUAAUGAAGCAUCUGCUUCAGAAGUAGACUAAAAUAGUAGUAGUCUGGGUGGGGUAAAAGAGAAGGUGAGGGUACAGAUGUGUUUGCCUCUGAGAUUUCCGAGACGAUUUCUAUCCUAGAAUAAAACUGGGAAAGACAGAAAACUUGAAGCUGGACACCAGCGCCUGGGAAGACCACUGCUUUGUGAGAUUGGUUUUGUUGGCUUUCCAGCAGCAAUGCUGAAAAAUUGAUGUCAUACCCAUAGAGCUGGAUAACAAUCUAAAGCAUUACCAUUUACCUUUAAACGCAUUGAUUUUCCUCCUCCUUGAUUAUCAUUUGGGUGCUCAUUUCCCCCUGGAAAUUGCUCUUUGUUUUGAAUUGGAGCAGAAGUGGGAAGGUGAGUCCCAGCCAUGUCUGAUUCUUCUUUAGGGAGGAUAAGACAGGUUUGGGGAGGAGGAGGGCACUCCUUGGGGCAGAUGAAUUUUAAACAAACCUGAAACUGGAAAAGGGAACUGAACUGCUCCCAGGGCCAGAGAGACAGGAGAACUGGGGAGGGGACAGAUGGACCGACUACACCCUCCCCAGUGGACCUGCACCUACCCGGCCUAUUUGCGUAAAAGGAAACACACAAAGGCCCAUUUUCUCCUCGGUUUCCGUUUUCCCACUGGGGAAACCCUAACAGGCAGCCUGAGUAGGGCCAAACAACCAGUAAGGUUUUGCCCAAGGGUGCGUGGAGUGGGGGAGGUGAUGGGGACAGAACUCUCUCUCGCAAUCUGCGGCUCCGUCCUUGAGGACUGCGGUCUCUGGCUCUGCGGAGAACUUUACGCAGUUCCCGGGGGCGGGCACCUGAAGCAGGGAGGUCUGCGUAUUGAUGGGGUGUUUGGGCCUUGUCAUUUUUCUGUGUCAUCUGUUUCUGCUUUUUAUCCUGUGAAAUUUAAGUGACCCCCGUUUUUAUUGCAACAGGUUCAGGACCAUGAGAGAGCGUCACUGUAAGUACCUUUCCGUUUCUUUCGAAUCGCGAAGAGGCGGUGCUGAUCCCGGGGAGGUGGUGGGCGAAGGGCUGUGCCAGCGGAGUGGGCUGGUGGAAGGGACGCCCUCCCUCCCCAGGCCUGGCCAAGCGAGCAGAACUGGAUUUGGGUGGUGGAGGUGCUAAACUGAGCUCCUGGAAAGCUUUUCUGGGGCCUAGUUCACAGUCACCUGCCUAAGGAAACAGGCCACGGGGUCUCACCCUUGUCUCCUUGGACCUUUCUGGACCUUUCCAGCCUGUCCCUGGCUCAGCACAGGUGCAGCUCCGCCACAGCGCUCGCUUGGGUUCAGAGCUUGCAGCUAAUUAGCAGCCUGCCCUAUUAACGAGUUGCAGCCAGCAUCCGCCUCCAGCCUCCAGCUACGCUGCAAACACCAGUCUCUGCAGUCCAGCCUAGUUUAUCCCGGUCAAGCCUGGCCCAACCUUCGGCUUUAAAAAAAAAAUUGACUACAAACAAAACUUAAUCCUCUGUGGCCGCGGGUGUGUUGAGUUGGCCCGCUUCCGGGGAAGGCUGCUAAUUCUGAGCUUUACGUGGACAUUCCUCUCACCGCCCCUCCCCCGGACCCAGAGCUAGCGGUGUGGGCCCUGGGUUUGUGACAACGGCUGAGCGAGGCGAGAUUCUCUCUCUCGUUCCCCUCUGCUUCUCUGUAACUACAGUUCCAGAAUUUCUGCUCCAGAGUCGCUGGUGUCGCAAGGAAACAUACCAGGGGUGGGGGGUUGGGUGGGGCCAGAGCCUCUAGGGGUCCUUAGCUGGGAUAGUUGGAUCUUUCCGAGUUCCCUGUGCCACGAAAGACAGGUUCAUUUCAGAGGAGGCCUGUGAAGUCUGCCGGAGAACCACGUCAUUAAGAUUAUGAUAUUCGCAGGAGAGUCAGGGGAAAAAAGGUGGUCCCUCCCUCACUGCAAAGCGGAGGUGAUUUUAUUUUAAUGGGAGAGGGGAUAUUGGAGGACUGCAGGGAACAGGCACCCUGGCUUGUGAGACACCCUAUCUUCUGGUUGGAAUAGCUGGGGCUGGGCUCCCGGCCAGGUUUUUUGGCCCCAUAGGCUGGGCAGCCUAGGUGACUCCCUGGGGGCUGUGCUCACCCCAGAAAACCAGAUCUGCCCUGUGCGUUGGCUUCUAUGAAUCAGGCCGGCUCAAGUGAAACCGGCUCUGGGCUCCAGGCUGGAAACUCUGGUCUCCCCAAGACCCCUUCGUCUUGUGCCCCUCCUUCAGCUGACCUGGCUUUAGGUGCUUAUCUCUGCGGAGGCUACUCACUUGCAAACCCGCAUGCAGCACCCUGUAGCUGAACACAGCACAAAAAGCCCGAGAGAUCAAAAGCAUUAGUAUGGGCAGUUGAGAGGGAGGUGAAUAUUUAACGCUUUUGUUCAUCAAUAACUCGUUGGCUUUGACCUGUCUGAACAAGUCGAGCAAUAAGGUGAAAUGCAGGUCACAGCGUCUAACAAAUAUGAAAAUGUGUACAUUCGCCUGGGUCCCCACAAGGCUCAGGAGGCUCCCUCAAUUUGUCUGGAUAAAGCCUAGGCCCAGUGUCCCCAGGAAGGUGAAUAUGUGGGAACACUUGGCAUUAGGGGAAAUUGAGGUGACUCUCUGAGACAAACAGAUUCAGCAGCCUCAGAGCCCUUGUUAGAAUUGGUGCCCAGAAAAUACCUACAAAAUAACCAAAGUGGUGGAACCAAAGGAUGUGAGAAGUGUGUAAAGUGCCAGGCUUAGAAGGGAGUUUCUCUGCCCCACCCUACCAAGCCCAGGCCUGAGGCUUAAAACUAAUUUUUGAAUUAUGGAGUGGGGAGGGAAGGGGAAUCAAAACACGCCCCCCCCCAAUUUAACACCUUCAGCCUACGGUCAGGCAUCCAGAGCCCCACUUGAGCCAGGGCAUCCCUUUGCCCCUGAAAUCCGUCCCGGCUCUGAGUGCCUCUGAGCACUUGGUGCCCUGAACUGAAGGACAAGCCUUGGACAGGGCUGAGGCACUGGGGCGGGUGAAAUUCGUGAACUUUUGUACUCUUGUGUGCUGCUGUCGGCAAAGUAAAAAUAAUGAAACUUUGUGAUAUGUUUGUAAAUGAUUUCGAAUGACCCCUCGCCCUGCCCUUCACCAUUAGUGCGCCGGCCUCAGCCCAAGGCAGCUCUGUGCCUGUGAGCAGCAGUGCCUGCCUCGGGGUCUGCAGCAGCAGCAGCAGCAGCAGCGGGAUGAACAGGCCGGCCGGCUCAGGGCCCAGGAAGGUAAGUAUGCGAGCGUUCUUAGAGAAGUAGCUUUGGCAGCCAAUCUGGCUUGGUCAGGCAAUAGGAAAAGGAGUGAGCAGAAAAUGCUCCCCUCCUGCCCCAUUUUCUUCUGCCGCUGAGGAUAUUUGUUCCUUUCUGGAAAAUACCACUUGAUGGGAAGGGGGUACUAAAGCUGCCAUUGCUGGGAUGGAUUAUUUUUUCUUUUUUCUUUUUUUCUUAAGAAGAACAUUCUGGUUGCUCGGCUGCUUGGUAACCCUGGCCCUGGCAAAGGAAUGAUCGAAUUCGAUUGCUGCAAAUUGUCACCAAGCCUGUCAGGCUACCUGAACUGUCUCUGAAAGUGUGGGUGGCUGCAUCGGGCUGGUGGUGGCUCAGAGGAAGAGGCCAGGGCUGGCAGCAGCCUGGGUACCCGCUCUGGGUGGGACCCGAAGGUUGUAACGUUGUCUAUAUAUACCCUGUAGAACCGAAUUUGUGUGGUAUCCACGUAGUCACAGAUUCGAUUCUAGGGGAAUAUAUGGUCGAUGCAAAAACUUCACAUUGCUUCGAAAUAGCCAGAUACUAAGGUGGAGACUAGAAGCCACCGGCACUUGUCAGCCACCUCUUUCUGUUUUAGUACCUUGGAUGCCAGGAAGAUCGACUGUGCCUGGUGACAUAGAGCAGCCUUUUCCUCUCCGGAAGCUCCUCCUCACCUUUAAACAGAGGCUUCUGUGGCGGCUGCAAAAAGAAUCCCUAAUUGGUUGCAUGAAGGCAGGGCCAAAGGGCUAGGUUUUGGGGUGCUAGGAAGUGAGGUGGAAGGCCAGCUAGCCUUAGCCCCAGCUGCACCCUUGAGGGGCAUGUUGUGCAAAGGUACCCAAAUGGGGUCUUGCUGGAAUUUAGGGCCUGUCUGUGGGAAGAAAGCAAGCUACGAAGAAGGCAAGUGGGGACCUUUGUCAUGCAUUUGGGUGAGGUGGGGGUACCCUCACUACCAUCCCAGCCCACCCCUCACCUGCACGGACCAGGGCAGCCGAGGCUUCUUGCCAUAUCAGGAGGGCCCAGCUUUGGCUUGGGAACACCCUGGCUUGGGCACCAGUAGAAAGCAUGGCAGUUACUCAUUGCCUAAUUUGAUUCAGGUCCGCCAGAUUCUGGUAACUUUUGGGUGACCCUGAUGAAGACAAAGCCCCGACUGAGGUCUUUGUAUGGCAGAGUCUCAGCUCCUGCGGGCUGGGCGGACAGGGCACCGCCUGCCUGGGGCACUCUGCCCAACUCACAGGCAACCUUGCUUACCCACCUUUCUCGUUGCCCUACACCCCAAUGGGAGGAUUCAUUCUCCCUUGAACUGUGCGCAGUUGGUGGGGGGCUGCUUUCACGCAGGGGUUAGUGGAGAGGGCAUGUGAGGUUAGUAAAAUCAGUGGCAGACAAAAGCUGGGAUUACCUGAGGGGAAUGGGGGUGCUAGGGGUUGGAACUGUAUUAACAUCUGGCGGGGGCUCAAAUGUGCCAUGGCGAGUCACUUGAUUACACGUAUGUUAUUUAGUUAAAUUUGUGAAAAUUAUGAGAUGUUCACCAACCCGGUGAUAAACUCGCUCCCUUGCUAUUGGCUGGCCUGGUCACAUGGCCACCCAACUUUAUUCAGUUGACAGCAAGUAGGAGGGCCCUAUGGAAGGAGAAAAAAAGACAACACGAGAAAAAUUAGUAUUUUCUACCUUCAGAAAUUAAUGGCCAUGAGUUCGUAUAUGGUGAACUCCAAGUAUGUGGACCCAAAGUUCCCUCCGUGCGAGGAAUAUUUGCAGGGCAGCUACCUAGGCGAGCAGGGCGCCGACUACUACGGUGGUGGCGGCGCGCAGGGCGCAGACUUCCAGCCCCCGGGGCUCUACCCGCGGCCCGACUUCGGUGAGCAGCCUUUCGGAGGCGGCGGCCCCGGGCCCGGCUCGGCACUGUCUGCGCGGGGUCACGGGCAAGAGCCAAGCGGCCCUGGCGGUCACUACGCCGCUCCGGGAGAGCCGUGCCCGGCGCCCCCGGCGCCUCCACCCGCGCCCCUGCCUGGCGCCCGGGCCUGCAGCCAGUCCGGCGGCCCCAAGCAGCCGCCCCCCGGGACUGCACUCAAGCAGCCGGCCGUGGUCUAUCCCUGGAUGAAGAAGGUGCACGUGAAUUCGGUGAACCCCAACUACACCGGUGGGGAGCCCAAGCGGUCUCGGACGGCCUACACCCGGCAGCAAGUCCUAGAACUGGAAAAAGAAUUUCAUUUUAACAGCUGCCCCGGGCCAGCAUUUGCAGCCGAUGGCCAAGGACCACCACACGGACCUGACGACCUUAUAGAAGUGGGGACCCUGGGCCCAUCCCUCCCUGCGCUCCAGGCUGAGCCGAAGCUGCGGGGGCAGGCCGGGCCUGCUGUCACCUCGCUGGGCUCUAAGGUACUGUGGGGUGGACCUGGGACACACAGGCCUCCCUCCGACUAGGUUAGCAUCCUGCCCAAGGGCAGCCCCCUCCCUAGAUCCGGGAUGGGGAGGAGAGGGGGGGCGGGAUUUUCUCUCUAAGUAUAUUAUAUGGCAGGAGCUACUGAUAAUAUAAAACCUUGUCGAGUCAUUAAACUCAUGAAAAUCUCUGCUCUUGGAUUUUGAAUUUGCUGAUGAAGGUUGGAUGCUUUAUCCCAGUAUGAAUUUGGACAUUCUCCCCCAUGCCACCCCUCCAGGGAGCUUUGUGGUUUAGUAAGGUGGGGGAGUUAAAGCAGAAGGUUGGCCAUCCCCAUACUAGGUGAUUUCAGUGGAUGUAGGAGAGCUGGGCCAGGAUUUUGGAACUUUCUGGGUUGCCUGUAGAAUUUUCUGUGUGAUUAAAAAUAUAUAUAUUUUGCUCCCAAUGGCCCUGUGUCCAAAGAAAUAAGUCUAGAAAGAAAGUGGAAAUGGAUUAUUUUAUGUUUAGAUAUUAUUUGCUUAACUAUUUAUUUGUUGGGAAAUGGAGUACAGAAAUAACUGACACCUUCAUGCCAAAAAUCUUAAACGAUGAAAGGGACUGAGCUUCAGGGAGCAGAAUCAGAGAUCUGUAUACUUACUUCUGUCUAUAAACCAGGAUUUUGAACUCCACCCCCUCUCCACUCCCUGGAAAUGUGUGUAGGGGGCCCUUAACCCUUCUAGAGGGAAGCAAAGGAUCCACUCAGUUGAGUUCUUGAAAAUGUAUUUCCACAUGUGCUUUUUUCAGCACUGUGCUUACAGCCAGUUCUGGAUGAUUAAAGGAAAGGGGAAAAAAGAAACAAAUGGUCCAACAUUUUCCUUCUGGGGAAAGAAAACAAAACUCAAUGUACUGGGUUAUUAGAUAAUGACUGAAUUUUCUGUUCCAAUAAGACUUCAAAUGCCCCAAAUACAUAGCAGUAUUUUAUAGGAAUUGGUAUAUGGCCUAUGUGGGGGAGGGGCUGUAUGGUGGGAAGAAAGUGGUAAGGUGAGGAAGUCUUGCUUUAAAAAAGAAACAAAAACUUAAUUGAAUCUAGAAGUCCAUAAAAGUUGGUCUUGGGGGAGUUUCCCCCCUGAAGCUCUAAGUUUUACAAAAGCAAAUCUAAGGAAGUUUUUCUCAGUCCAUUAAUUCGAAGAAGAAAUUGCAAAAGUAUAAAAGUUUUCAAGCCUUCUUCUUUGCCUUGAGAAUAGUAAUUUUUUUCCAUAAUCACUCUCAAACAACAGGAGAGAUGUUCUCUAGUCAUUUUUCUUAUGCCUUGCCUGGGAAAGGUUCAAAGUUCAUUUUUUCUAAAAUGCUGACCUUGAGGAUAAGGAGAAAAGAGUCAAAGGUAAUGGCCAGAGUUCAUAUACUCAAAUGAAGAAGUCUUUGGAAGUUUAAACCACCAAGUCUCAGGCUCCAAAAAAGAAACCCCUGGUUAGAGCUGCCAAAAGGGGACAAAAGAGGAGAGGGAGUAAGUAUAAGCUUAAAACUUAAUUUUAAGAUCCAGAAUGGUGUUAUUUUUUUCAGUGCUUCAGAAUACUUUAGAAGGUUUCAGUGGUAAUUCUCAAAAUAUAUUUAAGUGGGAGAGAAAAAACCCUUUCUUUGCAGGCGUAUUCUUUGGUUCUGUGUCUCCUGAGAGCUGAGGGCAGGUAUUCACUGGAGUCCCUAGGCUGAAAUUCCACUUCUCCUAAAGUAUCUUCCAAGCCUUGGUCUUUUGUAUUAGACCCUGGGGACAGCUCUUUGUUCCUCCUUGGGGUGAGCCUGGCUCUCAGACUUGCACAUGGCAAUACUUGAAUAUCACCACGUCGGGAUAUUAAAGAUGGAUAUUCCUGCAUUAUUCACAUCAUUGUUUCUAUGACAAAAAGCACAGAGUUCAUACAUAGUCAAGAUGUCUUUUUUCUGACGCCCUCACGUUGAGAAGCUGAAAAGGUAUUUUACUGAAGUUCGGGUAAAUUACAGAAUCAGGUUCAUCCAGAGGACAAAUUUUCUAUUCGAUUAGCUGUAUUUCAGCCGGGAGACUGACCUCUAAACCCUUAACCUUUUGGACUCUAACUACCCUUCUCUUCUUUUUUCCCCUCUAACAUGGAGAGCAGUCUUUGGAAGUAGAAUUUGAAAAGAGCCGCUAUCUUUAAGCAAGUUGGAAAGUUGCUAAGAUUCUUUCUUAAAACCUAAAUAUGUGCAUAUAUUGAACCUACUCCUUGGGAGGGGGAAAGGUAUAUAUUUUCAUAACAUCCAACUACAUAUAUAUUAUAGAGAUUAUUAUAUGGAUUUUUCCCCCUCCUCAGAAGUCCAGGUUACUCACCCCAGCUUCCUACCAAAUGCCACAACUACUUAACUGACAUCAUCCCUGGCCCAGAGGAAAGCCAAGAAGCAUGUUUUCAUGAGGAAAACCCAAGCUCCUUCUCAAACAUAGCCACACUACUUUGGAAAGAAACUUAAUCAGAGAAACAACUUCUUUGUUUAUAAAUCUCAGCUCUCCUUCUCAGCUUCCUGGGAUUGUCUUUUGAUAUGUUAAUGGAGCCUUGAUGGCUCAGAGGGCAGCCUGUUACCCUGAUGUCCCACUCGGACCCCAGCAUCCAUUUGGGCCCACAGGAGUGGGCCAAGGAAGGGGCAGGGCCCCAAAACCACCUAGGGCAGGGAAGGAAAUGGAUUUCUAUCUGGGAACGUGCUCUGCAGAAAGCUACAUGUGGAAAGGCUCCAGUGCCCAUUUGCUAUUAUUUGUUUCCAGUUUGUUCCCCUAAAUAUGAGCCAGAGUGUGUGUUUUGGUGUUUAAAAACAAACAAAAAAAAACAUCAAAAAACCUGUGUUGGGGUUGUGACUGGGGGAGGGGGCGAGUGAAAUGUUUGCUGAGGACACUGCUCCUCAGACUCCCAUCUCACUCGGUCCAUCGCUGCCUUUUGUUGUGAGAUGACAUUGUCAGUCAGCCCCAUGGUGUCUGUUCACACAAGAUGCUUUUUUAAUAGAAUUGACCAAUGUUUUGCUGCCACUGAUUAAAGUAUUAUUUAUACUAAUUGUUGCCUGUAGUUUUGAUGUAAUUCAUUGAUCUAUAUUUAAAAUAAUAAAAGGUGUAGCAAACUCU